ACACAAGCCACCAGACCCGCUCCGUCUCCAGCCGCCCCUACUACAGUUUGCCCAACAGCAGCCAUGAGAGGCGCUCGGUCCUCGCUAUCACGGAGCCCCCGCGUUUCCACUCCCAAGCCAAAGGCAAGAACGUGCGUCUGGACGCACACUCCCGCAAGGCCACGCGGAGAAACAGUUUCUGCAACGGGGUCACCUUCACCAACCGGCCCAUCCACCUCUAUGAGAAAGUCAGGCUGAAGCUGGUGGCUGUGCACCAUGGCUGGAGCGGGGCCCUACGCUUCGGCUUCACCAUUCAUGACCCAUCGCAGAUGAGCUCUGACGACAUACCAAAGUAUGCCUGUCCAGACCUAGUGACCCGACCCGGAUACUGGGCCAAAGCUUUGCCAGAGAGGUUUGCUGUGAGAGACAAUAUCUUGGCCUUCUGGGUUGACCGUCAUGGGAGAGUCUUCUACAGUAUUAAUGAUGAGGAGCCAAUAUUGUUUCACUGUGGUAUUAAAGUUUCUGGUCCUCUCUGGGCACUCAUAGACGUCUAUGGAAUUACCCAUGAAGUGCAAAUACUAGACAGCAUGUUUGCAGAGACCAUGACCACUGCCCGUCUCAGCACUGCCCGUCUCAGCACUUGCCUUCCGCAGAGCAGCCAUGAUUCAGCCAACUUCAAUAACAAUGAACUGGAGAAUAACCAAGUGGUGGCCAAAAUUGCAAACCUAAACCUAAGUCGGGUACCAGGACUUGUGACAGACAACCACAUCAUCCCCUGUUGCCCAAACCGACGUCAGCAUGCCCAGGGGGUCCCAGCCUUCCUGGACACAGACCUGCGGUUCCACCCGACCCGCGGACCUGACAUCACCUUUUCUCAGGACCGGAUGGUUGCAUGCACCAACUGGCAAGAAAGCAAUAGGACUUUGGUGUUUUCUGACCGGCCUUUGCACAUUGGUGAAAGCCUCUUUGUGGAAGUAGGACAUCUUGGGUUGCCAUACUAUGGGGCCCUUUCAUUUGGCGUCACUUCUUGUGAUCCGAGUACUUUACGGACAAAUGAGCUCCCGGCAGAUCCGGACUUCCUCUUGGACCGCAAGGAGUAUUGGGUGGUUUACCGAGCGUUCCCGGUCCUCAACAGCGGCGACAUUCUCAGUUUCAUGGUCUUGCCGAACGGAGAGGUGCACCACGGGGUGAACGGAGCCAGCCGAGGAAUGCUAAUGUGCGUGGACACCUCACAGUCUCUCUGGGUGUUUUUUACAAUCCAUGGUGUAAUCAACCAGCUCAAAAUACUGGGCACUGUGCAGUCCAGCCCAGUGACCGUCUCUCCCUCAGGAUCCCCCGGCGGCUCGCAGUAUGACAGCGACUCGGACAUGGCCUUCAGCGUCAACAGGUCGUCGUCUGCUUCAGAGUCAUCGCUCGUGACUGCUCCCAGCUCCCCCCUGAGCCCCCCAAUCUCUCCCGUCUUCCCCCCUCCGGAGCCAUCAUGCAGCAAGAACGGGGAAUGCACCGUCUGCUUUGACAGUGAGGUGGACACGGUGAUCUACACCUGCGGACACAUGUGCCUCUGCAACACCUGCGGUCUUAAGCUGAAGAAGCAGCUCAACGCCUGCUGCCCAAUCUGCCGACGGGUCAUCAAAGAUGUUAUUAAAAUAUACCGCCCUUAG